AUGAAAAACGAGCACGAGUUAGAGCCUCAACUCAAGCAACUCAGGCCAUGUGGCGGAUGCACUAAGAUGAUUCGAGAAAUGACGUUGGAAUCCGAUGAUGUGAUUUGGAGGAUGCUUUUGAGCACGUGUAGAAUGCACGGGAAUGUGGAGGUAGCCGAGAAAGCGACGAGUGCCCUUCUCAAGCUCGACACACAAGACUCGUCGGGUUGCGUGCUUCUUUUGAAUGUGUAUGCGGAUGUAGGGAUGUGGGGCUGGGUUUCAAAGAUGAGGAGAGUGAUGAGGCAUGGGAGGAUGAAGAAGGAGCCCGGGUGCAGCUGGGGCGAGCUGCAGUCGGAAGUGCACAUGUUUCUUGCCGGAGAUAAGGCGCACCCGAGGUGCCAGCCGGCGGCAAUGGCGACGGUUUCUUAUUCCUCAACCAACCGUCUCAUCAAACCUUUAUUCAUCCGCACACUUUCCACAUUCGCACCAAAAAUUCAGCCGAACCCAUUUUAUAAGGAGACGUUUUCCCAUUUGUUCCAAGAAUGCUCCAGAGAGCGGUCCCUCGAACCGGGCCGGCAGGCCAACGCCCGGAUGAUAGCGUCGGGCUUCGAACCCACGGUCUUCGUCGCCAACUGUUUUCUGAAGAUGUGCAGAAGAUGCUCCCGUUUGGACACUGCUCGGAAAGCGUUCGAUAAAAUGUCCCAACGGGAUGUUAUCUCAUGGAACUCUCUGAUUUCUGGGUAUGCAGUCUGUGGGAAAAUGGAUAUAGCCCAAUCGAGUUUCGGAUCGAUGACGGAGAGGGAUGUGAUUUCGUGGAACUCUCUGAUCUCUGGAAAUGCUAUUUGCGUUAUCAGGUGCACUUGUGUUGUGGUCAAGUCGGGAUUCGAGGAUGAUGUGGCGACGGGUAGUGCGGUUUUGGAUAUGUACGCAAAAUGCAAGAAUUUGGACGAGUCCCUACGCUUUUUUCACACGAUGCCAGUAAGAAAUUGGGUUUCUUGGAGUGCAAUAAUCGCGGGCUGCAUUCAAAAUAAUGAGCAUAUGAGUGGCUUGAAACUGUUUAAAGAGAUGCAGAAGGAAGGAAUUGGGUCCCAUAACACGUCAAUCACAGGUUACGCCAGAAGUCAUCGUUGGUUUGAAGGUUUCGAGUUGUUUAUACGUUUAUUGAGGUCCGGUCUCGGUUUUGACGAAAUAAGCCUCUCGGGCGCAUUCAGUGCGUGUGCAGAAGCUCGUCAAGUAUUUGACGAGAUGGAAGUAAGAGAUGCCGUGUCUUGGAAUUCUGUCAUUGCAGCAUCUGAACAGAACAAAAACGACGAGACCUUGUCGCUAUUUGUUUCCAUGCUUCAGUUGAGGAUGGAGCCAGACGAGUUCACGUUCGGGAGCUUAUUAAAAGCUUGUGCAGGAGAACGAGCUUUGGGUCAUGGGAAGGAAGUUCACGGGCAGGUGAUUAAAUCCGAGUUGGGAAAGGACUCUUCGUGGGGAGCCAUUGCGUGCGUGUACGCUAACCACGGGCUCGGUCGAGAAGCUCGAGGGAAUAGUUUCAAACCACGCAACUUUCGUGGAGGUCCUUCAAGCGUGUGGGCACAUCAGGCUUGUAGACGAGGCGCUCGGAAGGUGGGAUGGAUGGCUAUUAAGCUGGAAGGUGGGGCCCCUUCAAGAAUCACUGCAGCCAAAGCUAUAGUCGAGGCUGGUAUUGCCGUGAUGGGCCAUGUGGGACUUACACCUCAGGCCAUUAGUGUUCUCGGAGGUUUCAGGCCCCAGGGCAGAAAUGUCGAUAGUGCAGUCAAGCCACAAGGUCCACCGAGGUGCUGUGAGAUUUACAGGAGAUUGAAUUUGUUGAUUGGAGAGAUGAAGAUGGAU